GAGAACCUCAUCAACACGUCGACUGCAUCCCUGAUAUCCACUGAUAUCUACAGAUCUUCACACAAACACCGCCAUCUCUGCUUAAAUCGACACUCAACAGACGCAGACAUGACCACAGCCCAUCGCCCGACCUUCGAUCCGGCGCGCGGCAAGGCUGCCCAGGCGCCGACCCGCGUCUACCACAGUCGCAUGCUCCCAGCGCACACACAGCUCAAAUACCGGAAGCGCGGCCAAGGCGGCACCGGUGAUCGCGAGGAUUUGGCCACGGCUGCUACUUCUGAUGAACGGAAAUGGGAGCGGGAGGCGAUGAAGCGGGAGCUGCUGGAGCGAGAGGCGGAGCAUGAUGCGAAGAGUGGGAGGAAGAGCGCGACGACGAAGGCGCCUCAGUUAUUGCUUGAAGGUGGCGCGGCUGGUGAUGAGGAGGACGACGAGGAUGAGGAUGAGGAGGAGAAGAGAGCGAAACGGCGGCGGCUGAUCUUGGAGGAAGCACAAAAGAACGAAGCAGGGGAUGACAAGUCGGGGUCUGGUUCAGAGGAGGGUGGAGACGACCAAAGUUCAAGCGAAGACGACGACAGCGAAGACGACGACGACGAUGAUGAUGACGAUGACGACGACGAAGAGGAAGACGAAACAGCAGAGCUGAUGCGGGAGCUGGAGCGGAUCAAGAAAGAGCGCGCGGCAGAGAAAGAACGACAAGAGCGUGAGAAGCAAGCUGCUCUCGAGGCUGAGCGCGCCGAGGAAGCGCUGGCGGGUAAUCCAUUGCUGAAUUUCAAUGAUGGGUUUGCGGGCGGAAGUCGGCCGAAGCAGAGCAAGCGAUGGGAUGAGGAUGUGGUGUUUAAAAACCAGGCAAAGGGGAUUGAUGGGAAGGAGAAGAACAGGUUCAUCAACGACAUGCUGCGAUCAGACUUCCACAAAAAGUUCAUGAACAAGUAUGUCAAGUGAUCAUUGCUCUUUUUUGUUGAGAUGUACGAAGGGCGUUCCUAUGGUUUACUAUUUGUUACCAGUUUACUAUUGUUACCAAGCUUUCCUUCGCUUUGUAUUACUAGUGAUUGUAGAAUAAGAGAAAUCCAUUAAAAUAAAAAUAGUACGAUCCGAUCCGACCAGCCAAAAAAAUUACAAAAGAACAACUAGAGAACCG